AUGGCCCUCCCCCCACCUCUGGGCCCUAGAUUACCCUCAGAGCCCCUCAACUACCCCGCUGGAGCCCCUAGGGAACUGGACAUUGCUAGAUGCACCAUCUGCCCUGCAUCUGGAGAGAAGAGAAUCAGACCAGAACAGGCCCAGAAACUGGGGCAAGACUCCUUGGACCCUCCCGAACACUUCCAGGGUGGGCUGAGGGGCACUGAGCCUGCUGCUGGUCCCCUGAGAUUGCCAGCACCCUCUUCCAGUGAGGACCCAGCUGGGGGCAGACACCGUGAGCACCUCAUCUUUGGCCAGGAAGUAUUGGAGGCUGAGCAGGACAGCCUAUCCCUUUGCCUGUUGGGGCUGGGCCUCCGGCUGCAGGACCUAGAGCAAGGCUUGGGGCCCUGGGCAUCAGCCCAGAGCGGGAUGGUCCAGCUGCAGGCCCUACAGGCAGACCUAUGUGGAGCAGCUGAGCGUGUAGAUGCACUGCUGGCAUUCGGUGAGGGGCUGGCACAGCGGAGUGAGCCUCAGGCCCGGGCAUCCCUGGAGCAGGUCCUGAGGGCCCUCAGAGCCCACCGAGACGGCAUCUUUCGGCGGCUGUGGUGGCUGCAGGCCCAGCUGGUCAGCUACAGCCUGGUGUUCGAGGAGGCCAGUACACUGGACCAGGACUUGGAAGUUGAGGGGGACUUGGACGGGCCAGGACCUGGUGGGGCCUGGGGGCCCUGGGCACCCAGUGGCCUCCCUACUCCUGCAGAGUUGGAGUGGGACCCGGCAGGGGAUGUUGGAGGCCUCAGGCCCUUGGGGCGAAAGACAGCCUGGACACCAGGAGCUCCCUGUGAGCUAUGUGGCCACAGGGUCCCCGAGGGCAGGGGACAAGGCCUUGAGAACUCCCACACCUUUAUUUCCCCACAGGACAUGCUCAUGUCGGGCUUCAGCCACCGGAAACACUUAGCAGGUCAGCGAAGACGCUCCCUGCUCCGGAAGCCUCAGGACAAGAAGCAGGCAUCUCCCAACCUGCAGGAUGUGAUGUUGGAGGUAGACCCUGGAGCCCCUCCUCCUGCAUCCAGGUGGUCCCUGACCUUCCUCAUUCUCCUCCUCUUCCUUCUCCUCGUGGGUGCCACAUUGUUCCUGCCACCAUCAGGAGGGUCCUGCUGCUUUCCUGCCCGACUGGCCAGGACACCUCAUCUGGUGCUCAGCUAUGUCAAUGGUCCCCCCCCAAUCUGA